AUGGAAGCUAGUUGGAGCGACACCCGCACCCACACAUCAUCCAUCCAUCCAUCAUCCCUUCCAAUGCCACAGACCGACGAAGCCGCCGCCUUUUUCCACGCCGUCUACUCGGCCAUUUCCCAGAUCCCCCGCGGCCACGUCACCACCUACGGCCACAUUGCCCAGCUCAUCGGCACCCCACAGAGACCGCGUCAGGUCGGCGUCUGCCUCAAGCACCUCCCCGAGGACGCAUCGGCGCGCUGGAACCACGCCAACGUCCCGUGGCAGCGCGUCGUCAACGCUCGGGGCGUCAUCUCCCCGCGCGGCCGCCCGGCCGCCGUGCGCACCCAGGCACAGCUGCUCCAGGAAGAGGGUGUCGAGGUGGGAGGGGGAGGGGGACUGGGCGAGCUCCGUGUUGAUUUGGCAGACUAUGGCUGGUUUCCGUCGGUGCUGCCAGAGGAGGAGGAGGGGGUUGGUGUGCAGGGAGCGCAAGACACCCAGAUAAAGGAAGAGGAUAGCGAUUAG